UGAAGUUUUUAUUACCAGUUAAUAAACACUUCACCAUGAAUGUAAACAAAGUUUGAGACAAAGUUCAGAGAAUUAGGUGAAUAUAUAUUUACAUAUAAGUUGAGCAAUGAUGUAAGUCCAUUUCAUAGCGUCUGGUGUAAGAUGAUUGUUAUUUUAGAGGCGUACGAAAGUUUUGCUACUGAAUGGAAGGCUUAUGUAGCAAUCGCUUGUCUAGUAUUGACUAUGAUCCUGUGUACAUUGCUAUUCUUCAAAUACACAAAUAAUGUAAAAGUUGCGUUGAUCCUGAUAGGAUUCAUAAUUGUCUUAUGGUCUGGAGCUAUCUGUUUUAUGUGUUGCCGAAAGCCUGAUUUUAAAUGUUACUUUUUAUUGGCCUUCGUUAUUGUGGAAGAUUUGUUAACAAUUAUCGCCUGCAUCUAUGUCAAAAGAUUCAAACUAGUGGUGAUAAUAGUUCUGGAAUCUUUAUCGGCGACUUUUCUGAUAACUGGAGCAGUUUUGUUUUAUGUAUACUUUAGUGACAUGAAAUAUUCUGAAUUGGCUGGUGGCUUUUGGAACACUGCCGUAGCUAUAGUAAGUUCACAGUUUUACUUUGGAAUUUAGAAAUUUCUUUAUGUAUCAGCUGUGGUGUUUGGUUUGAGAUGAAAAAUCAUAAACAAUUUGCAACAGAGGCGAAGUCUACCUUGGCAAGCCUUCAUGAUGUUGCCGAAGUUAAUACAAAAUUCCAAAUCACAUUUUCUGUAGAUUUCAGUGUUGAUUUUAUUCAAUAAUGUAAAUCAGGAGUUUAUAUUCAGUCAACAGACAGGCAUAUACUCGAUUGGAACUCAGAAAAAUGAUGUUGUUCUAUCGGUUACUUUUUUUCUUUCAGAUGGCUCUAGUUUUUGCCAGUUCAUUGAAAUAACAUGAAUAACGCAUCGGACUAUCGAUCAUAUUGUGACAAGGGAUAUUCACUUGUGCUUGCGUACACAUUUUAUUGUGCAUGUAACUGCCUGACUUUUUGAUAGUUUACAUUUUAAAUUUAUAGAAUAAAUUAAUAUUUCUGCACUAAAACUUUCAUUUUUGUAUUUGCACAACAAUUUCUUCUGAAUGAGGUU